ACGAUCCACCCACCUUGACCUCCCAGAGUGCUAGGAUUACAGGCAUGAGCCACCGCACCUGGCCUGGGAGCGUUUAUUGAGAAUAAAAAGAGUGGGGCUUUGGGCCAUGGCUGAGGCUCCCCUUGUGACUUUGGGGGUCGCUUUGAGUAUGGAAGGCCCCCGCGUGUGGUGGCCUUUGCUCUCUGAAGCUCUUGGCGGGGGCGCGUUCUCAGGCAGAAUCCUCGGGGCACGGGGGGGGGGGGGCUCACAACAGGAGCGCGAACGAACGGGGCCACUUCUCGUUCCAAACGUCCGGCGGCGCGAGGGGGUUGGGGGCCCAGGCUCGAGCCUGGAGACCAGCCGGUGGCCGGGCGGACAGCGGAGGGUCCCUGUCCCGGACCCCGCCGGGGAGGUGGGGGCGCUGAUUCCCCAAGACGGGAGUCGGAAGUUGGCCAGGCUCUGUCCUGUGACUGUCGCUUGGGCGCGGCUGAGCCCAGGGGCCUCGCAGGGCCCCCGAAAGGCCCCCAGGCGUUGUAUGGAGUGAGCGGAGCAUGGUCGCCUGUCCCCCCGGGAGCCCGGACCGCUCCUGACUGGUCGCACGAUGGCGCCCGCGAUGGGGCCUACGGUCUCCCUCCGGGAGCUGGCCGACCUCGCCAUCGGCACCCCGGAGGUGGGUGCUGUCAACUUCACAGCCCUGCACACGCUCAUCGUGGCCAUGCUCAAGAACCUCAACCUCCAGGAGACACGGAUCAACUUCGACUCCGUGUCGCCGGAGCCGAGCCGCUCGCAGGAGUCCGCGCGGGUCUCUAUCAGCACCCACCAGCUGCGCAGGCAGUCCUCAGCGACCGCGACGACCGCGGCGACCGUGGCUGCGCUCCGGGAGAAGCGGCGCAGCAUAAGCAGGCCCGCCCCACAGGCGCUGGAGAGCCAGGUGAAGGACCUGAGCAGCCAGGUGCAGGACCUGGGCAAGCAGCUGAGGACCAUCGGCAGCCAGGUGCAGAGCAUCAUCGCCCACGUGCAGCACAUGUCCCAGGCCGGGGGGCUGGACUUGGAGUGGCUGCAGGAGAAGCUCGCGGCCUUGCCAUUGCAGGAGAUGUCAUGGCAGGAGAGGCCAUCGCAGGAGAGGGCGCAAGUUGGCCUGACGAAAACCACGGAGGACACCGCCAUGGCGGAGAUCAGCCCCGCCAAGGCCAUAGGGCUGCUUCGGAAGGUCACAGAAGACAUGAAAGCCCUGAAGGAAGCACAGCAAAAGGUGUUCCCUGAGGAGCUCCUCCAGAAGGUCGAUGAACUAGAGAAGCUAAUCAGAGAACGGGAUGAAUUCCUGGAAGCAGUGGGCCGGAGGCUGUCUUUGGUUCCUGGUGAAGAAGUCACCAUGGUCACCUGGGAAGAGCUGGAGCAAGCGAUCGCUGACGGCUGGAGAGCCUCACAAAUGGGCUCAGAAACAGUAACAGGAGUUUCUAAGCGCAGAAGGCCGUCUACUUCCCUGACAUCAAGUGAUCGGAUUCCAAGUGGAGUGUCUACCAAGCAUCCAAGUAUUGACCAGGCUCUGGAUUAUUCUGGUGGUUUGGUCCCAGAUCAGACCUUAUCAGGAUCUGGUGGCUCAGGAUACCACACUGACGGGGCUACUAGCAGGGAACGAGGCAGGGGCUCCUCUGCUUCCAGUAGAGAGCAGUACCCCAGGGCCCGUGAUGAAGCUGGCAUGUCGAGACACCAUCAGCCUUCUGUAUCCCAGUUCAGAGGGGACUCAGAUCCUCGCAAGAGUAGAGAUAAGUCCUCCUUAACACAUCCAAGAAGAGAUGAACGAGAUGCACACCCUGGCCCAGUUCAACAGGAUUUACCUUCGACCAGAGAUCAGCAUCAAUAUGUGCACCCAGAUCAGCAUGGUGGGGUUCCCAUUAGCCAGGGUCAAGUCUAUCUAAGGCCAGAUCAUCCUGGAUUAGGAAUAACUGGCAUGGAUCAGCUGGGAUUGCUAUAUCCUGGCACUUCUGCACAUGGUGUGGUACCCCUCAGCAUGGGUCAGCUUGGUGCAAUACCACCGGCAAUGGAUGAUCAGGGAUUUGUACCACUUGUCACAGAUCAGCAUGGUGUGGUGCCACCAUUGGUACCUGGCAGAGAUCAGCAUGAAUUGCAAUUACCUGGUAUAGGCCAGCCUGUUAUAGUUCCACGCAGCACUUAUCAGCAUGGUAUGAUACCUCCUGGCACAGACCAACGUGGUAUGGAACAGCCUGGCAUAUAUGCGGGUGGUGUGGAACCACUUGGCCUGGAUCAGCAGGGAUUGAUACCACUUGGCAUGGAUCAGCAUGGGUUUGUAAUAUUAGGCCCAGGUCAGCAUGGAUUGGUGCCCCCUGGCAUGAAUCAGCAAGGAUUGGUACUGCCUGGCAUAGAUCAACGUGGAUUGGUUCUACCUCUUACAGAUCAGCGUGGUUUGGUAUCACCUAGUUUGAUGCAAGUUAGUGUAGAUCAGCAAGGUUUUGUACAGCCCAGUUUGGAAGCAACUGGCUUCAUACAGCCUGGCACAGAGCAGCAUGAUUUUACCCAGCUUGGCGGAGAUCAGUAUGGUUUGGUGGAGCCUGGUGCAUAUCAGCCUGGAUUGGUCCAACCUGGUAUGGGUCAGCAUGGUUUGGUGCAGCCUGGAAUGGAUCAGUCUGGUUUGGUACAACCUGGCACAGGUCAGCGUGGUUUGGUCCAACCUAGCCCAGAUCAGCGAGGUUUGGUGCAGCCUGGCACAGGUCAGCCUGGUUUGGUACCUCCUGGUGCAGGUCAGCCUGGCUCAGUCCAACCUGGUGUGUAUCAACCUAGUUUGGCACAACCUGGUACAGAUCAGCAUGGUUUUGUCCAACCUGGAAAGGAUCAGCGUGCUUUGGCACAACCUGGUACAGAUCAGCAUGGUUUUGUCCAACCUGGAAAGGAUCAGCGUGCUUUGGCACAACCUAGUGCAGCCCAGCGUGGUUUGGUCCAGCCUGGUGCAGGUCAACAUGGCUUGGUACCUCCCGGCGCAGGUCAGCCUGGCUCAGUCCAACCUGGUGUGUAUCAGCCUAGUUUGGCACAACCUGGUACAGAUCAGCAUGGUUUUGUCCAACCUGGAAAGGAUCAGCGUGCUUUGGCACAACCUAGUGCAGCCCAGCGUGGUUUGGUCCAGCCUGGUGCAGGUCAACCUGGCUUGGUACCUCCCGGUGCAGGUCAGCCUGGCUUGGUCCAACCUGGUGCAUAUCAACCUAGUUUGGCACAACCUGGUACAGAUCAGCACAGUUUGGUCCAGCCUGGUGCAUAUCAGUUUGAAGUGGUGCAACCUGGUAUAGAUCAACAUGGUUUGAUCCAACCUGGAAUGGAUCAGCGUGGUUUGGAACAACCUGGUGCAGUUCAGCCUGAUUUGGUGCAACCUGGUGCAGAUCAGCCUGGUUUGCUCCAACCUGGAGUGGAUCAGUCUGGUUUGGCACAACCUGGUGCAGACCAGCGAGGUUUGGUCCAGCCUAGAAUGGAUCAGCGUGCCUUGGCACAGCUUGGUGCAGAUCAGCAUGGUUUGGUCCAAGCUGGCAUGGAUCAGCGUGGUUUGGCCCAACUUGGUGUGGAUCAGCAUGGUCUGGUCCAAGCUGGAGUGGAUCUGCGUGGUUUGGUGCAACCUGGUGCAUAUCAGCAUGGUUUGGUCCAAGCUGGAGUGGGUCAGCGUGGUUUGGUGCAACCUGGUGCAUAUCAGCAUGGUUUGGUCCAACCUGGAGUGGGUCAGCGUGGUCUGGUGCAACCUGGUGCAUAUCAGCGUGGUUUGGUCCAACCUGGAAUGGAUCAGCGUGCUUUGGUCCAACCUGGAAUGGAUCAGAGUGGUUUGGCCCAACCUGGAGUGGAUCAGCAUGGUUUGGCCCAACCUGGCGUGGAUCAGCAUGGUUUGGCCCAACCUGGCGUGGAUCAGCAUGGUUUGGUCCAACCUGGAGUGGAUCUGCGUGGUUUGGUGCAACCUAGUGCAUAUCAGCAUGGUUUGGUCCAACCUGGAAUGGGUCAGCAUGGUUUGGUCCAACCUGGAAUGGAUCAGCAGGGUUUGGUGCAACCUGGUAUCUAUAUGCCUGGCUUGGUUCAACCUGGUGCAUAUCCUCCUAGUUUGGUACAACCUGGUGCAGAUCAGCAUGGUUUAGUGCAACCUGGUGCAGAUUCACGUGGUUUGUUUCAACCUGGUGUCUAUCCUCGUGGUUUGUUUCAACCUGGUGUCUAUCCUCGUGGUUUGGUUCAACCUGGUGCAUAUCCACGUGGUUUGGUGCAGCCUGGAAUGGACCAGCGUGGUUUGAGACAACCUGGUGCAGAUCAGCAAGGCUUGAUAGCACCAGGCACAGAGCUUCGUGGCUUUCCAACAUUCCAUGCAGAUGCUCAGAGUUCUUGGUCACCACACCCAUAUCAGCAUGGUGUGGUACCUCCUGGCAGAGAACAACAUGACCAGGUGUCACCACUACUAGCCAGUGAAGGUUUGGCAUCACCAGGUACAGACCAAAGGGGUUUGGUACCACCAGAAACUUACCAGCAAGAUUUGUUGCAUCCUGGCAUGGAGCAGCAUGGCCCCACACCAUUAAGCACAGGUUUGGAAUCUGUACACCCAGAUCAACAACAUUUGGUAUCACCUGGCCCAGGUCAGCCUGGCCAGGUAGACACAGGUGCAGAUCAGCGUGGCCACGUACGUUUGUAUCCAAUGGAUGCCUCACGCCAACUUGGAGUUUCUGCCCAGACUAUCCCAGGCCAAGAUACCACCUUUUUCAGGCGUCCAGACUCCCUCAACCAACUCUCAUCAGAAAGGAGUGAGACCCAGACUGAGGUCCAGAGUGACCGACAUGAUUCCGUAGCUCCCAGUUUCCCCAUAGCGAUGGAAACAUUUCGUCUGAUGGGAGAGCUCAUCGGCCUCUAUGUGGAGCUGAAGGAGAAUAUGAAGAAUCUGAAUGAGGAGGAAGCUGGCCAGACUGAUCUGGAGAAGAUACAGUACCUGCUGGCACUCAUGGUCAAGAAGACCAUACCGACUGACCUGCAAGAACAGCUGAAGACAUUAAAGACUUUGACCAAAGAAGUUCGGCAGGAAAAAGCAAAACUGGACAGGUUGCAAAGGAUCGUGGAGGGCGAAGGGGAGCAAGAAGCGGGGAAGGAGUCGAAAACUGGCCAGCUGAGCUUGCAGCUGGGUGUCCUCAGAGUCUCCGUGGCUGACAUUGAGAAGGAGCUGUCUGAACUGAGGGAGAGCCAGGAGCGGGGCAAGACCGCCGUGGAAAAUUCGGUCUCCGAAGCCUCCCUUUAUCUGCAGGAGCAGUUGGACAAGCUCAGGACGAUCAUCGAGACCAUGCUGGCCUCCUCUUCCACGCUGCUGUCCAUGAGCAUGACCCCGCACAAGGCCCUGAUGAACUUGGCUCCUGGCCAGAUCAACCCUGAAGCCACCUGUCCAGCCUGCAGCCUUGACGUGGGCCACCAGGUCAGCAUGCUGGUGCAGCGCUAUGAGCACCUCCAGGACAUGGUCAACAACUUGGCUGCCUCCCGGCCCUCCAAGAAAGCCAAGCUCCAGAGCCAGGACGAGGAGCUGCUGGGCCACGUGCAGAGCGCCAUCCUGCAGGUGCAGGGCGACUGCGAGAAGCUCAACAUCACGACCAGCAACCUCAUCGAGGACCAUCGGCAGAAGCAGAAGGACAUUGACGUGCUGUACCAGGGUCUGGAGAAGCUCGAAAAGGAAAAGGCCAACAGGGAGCACCUGGAGAUGGAGAUGGAUGUGAAAGCUGACAAGAGUGCCCUGGCCGCCAAAGUGAGCCGUGUCCAGUUUGAUGCCACCACGGAGCAGCUGAACCACAUGAUGCAGGAGCUGGUGGCCAAGAUGAGUGGCCAGGAGCAGGACUGGCAGAAGAUGCUGGACAAGCUCCUUGUGGAGAUGGACGGCAAGCUGGACCGCUUGGAGCUGGACCCACUGAAGCUGAUGCUGGAGGACCGGUGGAAGUCGCUGCGACAGCAGCUCAAAGAGCGCUCUCUGCUCUACCAGGCUGAUGAGGCAGCCGCCAUGCGGAGGCAGCUCCUGGCACAUUUCCACUGCCUCUCGUGCGACCGCCCCUUGGAGACACCUCUGACUGGACAAGUCAUGCCCCAGACACCUGUGGGUCCGAGCCUGCCAGGACACCGAUCCAUGCGCCCCUACACGGUGUUUGAGCUGGAGCAGGUCCGGCAGCAGAGCCGCAACCUCAAGCUGGGCGGUGCCUUCCCUCGGGGCGACCAUGUGCAGAUGGAGCGGAGCGUGGGGCGCCUGCGCUCCAUGCACUCCAAGAUGCUGAUGGACAUCGAGAAGGUGCAGAUCCACUUUGGGGGCUCAGUCAAGGCCAGCAGCCAGAUGAUCCGUGAGCUGCUGCAGGCCCAGUGCUUCAGCUCCCCCUGCUACAAACGGGUGCCGGAUAUGGCCGACUACACCUACUCGACAGUGCCCCGGCGCUGCGGGGGCAGCCACACCCUCACCUACCCGUACCGCCGCAGCCGCCUGCAGCACCUGUCCCAGGGCCUGUGUCCCACCGAGGAGAUCCAGAUUGCCAUGAAGCACAACGAGGUGGAUAUCUUGGGCCUGGACGGACAUAUUUACAAGGGACGGAUAGAUAUGAGGCCGCCAGGCAUCCUGACCAAAGACACCGCAGGGAUCUCAAAGCACAAGUCCAAGCAGUCCCGGCCCCACAAGCAGCAGUCCCUCAGCGACAGCAGCCAGCUGCCGUCUCGGUCUCAGAGUGCUCAGAUGUUGGCCGGCAACAACUCAGUGUCUACACGUCACAGGAAAGACAGACCCAUCUCCUCUGAGGGCCGUCUCACCCAGCCCAAUAUAGUCCACCCGCCCAGCCCCACGGAGACCGCGGACCUGCAGGGCAACCCCCUGGGGCUGGAGAUGCACAUAGACAUGCCUCCAGGGGAGGGGGUCGAGGAGCCCACCCGGGGGCCGCGGUCCACCACUGUUCACCGACCAGAGCUAUAAAUAAACGUUCAGGAAAAAGUUCAGGUCGGGCGAGGCUUCUCUGGCAGUGCUGGCUCAGGAAGAGGGAGUGAGAGGGAGGUGCCCGCUGCUGGCCCGGCAGCCAGCCCCCCCGACACGCCUCCAGACACCCCCAGGUCCACUUGGCGGACCUCUUAGAGAGAGGGUCUGGUCUGUAGCCUCAGGAUUAAACCUACAGCCUCUGUUCUCUGAGGUGCUGGGGCUUCAGGAGGGCUGGGCAUUGCACCCUGGGCAGGGAGGGUGACACAAGCCAGACCCCAGAAUCCGGGCCUGGCCCUGGGGACUGGCUGAUCCUGCUCUUACCCAGCAGCUCUCUCUUGAUCUUGGCUAGACCUGGGGUGCUGCUGCCUGCUCUGGCUCCUGCCCUGCCUUCUGGCCUGGGGGGCUGGUCUGAAGGGCACCCUGCUUGCUGAGGCCCUCUGGGCAGGCUGGGGCCUGUGCUGUGGGUGUCAUGCUGCACCUUGGAGGUGAGGGGGGCAGCUGCCUGCUGCUCUCCCUGCUGCUGGCUCCUGGCACAGGGUCCCAGAGAAGCAGUGUCACCAGCCAGAAGAAAAUCCCUGGAGCCAGCUGGUAAGGUCUCUGUUUGACACCCUCUACUGCUCAGCCUUGAAUGGGCUCGGGCCAGGAGUUGCCAUGGCUAAUGCCCACUUUCCCCAUUCCCUUCCUCCCCAGGGAGACAGAGCACAAAAGAGUGUCUUGCCAAGGGGGAUCGAGAGGUGGGACCAGCACUGGCCCAGGGGCCUGUGACCUCGUCCUUGACCUGUUCGGUGGCUCAGUGUGUUUAUCUCUACACUAGCCCCCAAACCUGCAAGGAAAGACUCCCUGCUCCCCACCCCACGCCACCAACCCAGUCUUUGUGCUAAAGGUCUUGGUGGGUGGGAGGGGACAGAGAAGCAUGGGUGGGCCCAAGCUCAGGCUGGUACAGCAACAACAAGGGACAAGCCCCACCACAGCUGCAGCCAGGACUGAGGAAUCUCCUGACCUCCUGAGCUUGGACUUCAGCCAGAUCCUAGAAGCCCCGGUGAGAUGGGAGCGCAGCCCCCUACCAGGCCUGUAGAGCCCUGGAGUCAAAGCAGUUCUCUGCCUCAGGGGUUCCCACCCAGAGAAGGAAGUACCAGAUCAAAGAUGGGACUCCCCCCACCUCCAGUUCCCAUCUCCCCCCCUCAAGGGAAAGGGAUGUCAAGGGCAAGAGGCCCACUUUCGGGUGUAAAGAGGAAAGAGUGGCAGGAAACAGCCCAGAAACGGGUUUCUCACCCAACAUGCGUGGGCAAAGGAGGGCGGGCCUGGCUGGGGGUGCCGUGGGGGCGGCGAGGGGUCCCUCCUGACCUGCGGAGAGCCAGUGACUCUUUAGGUGACAACGUAAUGCUUGUGGCUGGACGGGGAGGAGCCGCUUGGACAGUGGAGUCCUGGGUGGGCUCCCGGGGCCUGCGCCCCCUGUGCCCCUCUCUUGUGCAGGAGGCAGAGCCAGGGCCGGCUCCUCCUCCACCCCAGCGGGCUCCGGUUUCUCUCACUCAGGCCCCACCCCGGCUGCAAAAUGUCAGAAGGUCGGCUCAGUUUCCCUGGUCUAGAAGCCAAAUUCACCACCAGCUUGGCAGGGAGGAGCAGCCUAGCCCUCCUCGCCCACAGAAGGGCCAGGAGUGACAUUCCCAGAGCCAGCCAGGCCAACCCCCACCAUACCGCACCUGGGCACGGCCAGCGGGCUCUCUUGCCAGGCUGGGCCCCACACCCAGGCAGACCCUAACCCAGGCCCCAGCAGCCUCUGGGGAUGUCAGAGCAUGACCACCCACGUGCUGAGGGGCUGCCCCGUGCAGCCUGGGAAAGCACAGGUGGGCAGGGGACACGGUGAGGGUGGGAGGGGUUUCAGGGGUUUCCAACCAGGAAACAAAACCGAAAGGACAAACCCAGCUUCCAAGCACAUGGGUAUGUCACAUGCAGAGGAGGCAGAGCAGCUGGGUCCCCGUCCUGCUCCGCUGAAGGAGGGGCUGCCCCACCACCGAGAGUGAGAAGAUACCAGAAGGCCCAGAAGCAGGAUGGGGUGGCUGCCAGGCUGGGCCUGCUUAAGUUUCACUUCACUUUGGGCCUGAACCUCCAACCCCCAGUCCAGGUCUGUGUUCCAGCAGCACUUGGUCCCUCUCAGACCGCGCAGAGAACGGGCGGCAGGACAGCAGGGCAGGAGAGGGUGCCCCCACCACCCGCAGCGCCCUGGCUGCCCAGAGCGUGUUGUGCAGGCCAGAGUUCAGGGAGGGAUCAACAUGUGGCCUGUCACCCACUUUCACAGCCAGGUGGCCAGGCUCCCCCCACCCACCUGAGCACCUGCACUAGAGGACAAUCUGAGAAAGGUGUGCUGGUCAGGAAUUGCCAACACUGCCCCACUCUAAUGCCUAGAGGGCUGUGGGGAGGGGGAAGUGCAAGCAAGUCCCUUUGGGGACCCACCUCGUCUCAUGGCUCCGACAGCUUUGGUUGACCUUUGGGACACGGCCGCACAACAGGCCCACAGAGACACACGGCACUGGUGGGAGCCGAGGGCAGGAGCGGACGUGAGCCAGCUGGAAGGGGCCUGUGGGGCCAGGCAGUGGGGCAGGCGGCACCAGGCCACCAGGUGAAAAGAGCGGCUCUCCCCACCACAGAUGGGCCCCCCAGGCAGGGGCUAUACAGCAAGGGGCCCAGAAGAGGGUUACAGCAACCAAGUCAGGACUCGCCCCUGCCCUCCCCACCCCAAUCUGGAUCCUGCCUGUGCCUCAGAGUCCCUGGUGUGAAUGCCCCACAUCACAAACCACCCAGACCAGCCAAAUGGCAAUGGCAAUGGCACCCCACCCAACCAUAGCAUGGCCAAGAGCCCCACUGUCCCUCUUCCCAAGGAGAUGGGUUUUCCUACCAAGGCAAAUAAAAGCACCACAAACCAGG